AUGUUAAGCUUCCGGUCAACGGUCGCGCUCCGGGAGUUAUUCCACACCCAGCUGAGACGGCCGUUGGCGGGGCGAGUCGGUAUCCUAGCGACGCCCGCCACCGCCGCCUGCGCCUUCGCCACCGGCGCCUCGGAUGGGAGGUGGCCGGGCGGAGGGUUCGGAGCCCCGCGGCGCUCGGCCGGGAGGCUCGGCGUGAGGGGCUUCUGCUCCAAGGGGGACGGACCGAACGAAGCCGCCAAGGAGUCCUCCGCGGAGAAGAGAAGGAAGGCAGGCAUCCUGCCCAGUCUGGAGGACCUGCUCUUCUACACCAUCGCAGAGGGCCAAGAGAAGAUCCCUGCACACAAAUUCACCACGGCUCUUAAGAGCACAGGGCUUCGCACAGGAGACCCCCGGCUGAAGGAAUGUAUGGAGAUGCUGAAGAUGACCGUGAAGACGACCUCUGACGGAGCGCUGGACCGACACCUCUUCAAAAAGUGUGUCCAGAGCAACAUCGUUCUGCUCACCCAGGCCUUCAGGAAGAAGUUUGUCAUCCCAGACUUCCAGUCCUUCUGCGCCCACAUGGACGAGCUCUACGUCAACGCCAAAAGCAUGUCGGGGGGGCAGGUGGCAGACUACAUCCCCCAGCUGGCCCGCUUCAGCCCGGACCUGUGGGCCGUGUCGCUGUGCACCGUCGACGGGCAGAGGCACACCGUGGGCGACACCAAGGUCCCCUUCUGUCUGCAGUCGUGCGUGAAGCCGCUGAAAUACGCCAUCGCCGUGCACGACCACGGCACCGAGUACGUGCACCGCUUCAUCGGCAAAGAGCCCAGCGGGCUGCGGUUCAACAAGCUCUUCCUCAACGAGGAAGAUAAACCACACAACCCCAUGGUGAACGCUGGAGCCAUCGUCUGCACCUCCCUCAUCAAGCAAGGGGCGAGCAACGCCGAGAAGUUUGAUUAUGUCAUGAACUUCAUGAACAAACUGGCGGGAAACGAGUACGUCGGCUUCAGCAACGCCACCUUCCAGUCGGAGCGAGAGUCUGGAGACAGAAACUUUGCCAUCGGCUACUACCUGAAGGAGAAGAAGUGUUUUCCAGAGGGGACGGACAUGACCGCCAUCCUCGACUUCUACUUCCAGUUGUGCUCCAUCGAGGUGACCUGCGAGAGCGCCAGCGUCAUGGCGGCCACUCUGGCCAACGGCGGCUUCUGUCCAAUCACAGGGGAGCGCGUGCUGAGCCCCGAGUCGGUGCGCGACACCCUGAGUCUCAUGCACUCCUGCGGCAUGUACGACUUCUCCGGGCAGUUCGCUUUCCACGUCGGCCUGCCGGCUAAAUCUGGGGUGGCCGGUGGGAUCCUGCUGGUGGUCCCCAACGUGAUGGGCAUCAUGUGCUGGUCUCCUCCGCUGGACAAGCUGGGCAACAGCGUCAGAGGCAUCCAGUUCUGCACCGACCUGGUUUCUCUCUGUAACUUCCACAACUACGACAACCUGAGACACUUUGCUAAGAAGCUGGAUCCUCGUCGGGAGGGAGGAGACCAGCGGGUGAAGUCGGUGAUCAAUCUGCUGUUUGCUGCUUACACGGGAGACGUCUCGGCCCUGAGGAGGUUUGCGUUGUCCUCCAUGGACAUGGAGCAGAGGGACUACGACUCCAGGACGGCCCUGCACGUGGCAGCUGCUGAAGGACAUGGGGAGGUGGUUCGCUUCCUGCUGGAGGCCUGUAAAGUAAACCCAGUUCCCAAAGACAGGUGGGGGAACACGCCGAUGGACGAGGCGGUGCACUUUGGCCACCACGACGUGGUGACCAUCCUCCGGGACUACCACACCCAGUACAGCCCUCCGGAGACCCCCGAGGACAAGCAGAGCGCCGAGAAGAACCUGGACGGGCUGCUGUGAGGGAGCCAGCGAGGAAGUCCUCCUCCACUACAGUCAGACUGCAACGCGUACCGUGAACGCCCCGCCCCCCGCGGAUUAGAGCUCCCCUUCGUAGUAUUAGACGGUAUAUCGGUGUGCGUUCUUCCUGUUGUUUUGUUUCUCCUUCUGUGUUUGGCCACCAGUCGUGUAACAGGAGGCGACCAGCCGCCACGUUGAAUGCUGGGUAAAUUCAGCCGCGGCUGGUAAGUUGAUGCACUAUUUUCUAUUUACGUUUCACUUUUGUCGUUUUUAUUCUGAAAAGAUGAAAACAGGAAGCAGCCUCUUGUUACUUCCUCGUCACAACAUGGUGGAAUGUAUCUUCCCCCGAACUUAAUGUGUGACGUUUAUUUAUCUGUUUAAGAUAAAGUGUGUGUGUGUGUGUGAGGAUACGUUGGUGUACAUACGUGUAAUAUGUGUAAAGCUGUGGUUCUGUGAGAGACUGAGCUUCGUAGAUUUGACUGAAACUCUGGAAAUAUAUAUUUACGCUGUCAAUUAUUCCGCCCCUAAAGGUCAACGUUCGCUGAGCUUUUGUUUCGCUGUCUAAAAGCUGUCGUAGUUCAUUUGAUAUUUAUUUUUUGUAACAAGAGCAAGUCGGCCAAAAUUCAGGUUGUUAGUUGGAAGAGUUUCCAAACAUCACGUAUCGCACUGACGGAAGCUUUAAUUACUCUUAAGUUUGUUUUUAUUUUUGAAAACAAACAGCAACUUGAGUUCUGUUGUGAUUCAAUAUAUUAACACGUUAUUACUGUAAUUGUAACUCAGACUUUAGCUCUCUGAAAGAUCCCUUCUUGCAGCAAUGCUCUCUGGGUAUUGUAGUUUACUCUUUUGUUUAACUUUAUGAAGUAGAUUUUAACAAAAAAUAUCGGAUGCAUUCUUCAGAGGAUGUAACUUCUGCCCCCUGAUGUUACGUCUUUGAAACCUUUGUUGAGUAGACGGCUUCACGCUGUAAACACCACUUGUGGUUAGUUAUUUAUUCUACGUUUCUGUAAGUCUGUUCUGACUGUGAUGUAUCACAUGAGUUCUGUUGCUUUUGUAUUAACACGAAGGGACCAGCUGUGGACUCGGCAGGGUCUGAAACACACACACUGAACCCAAGGAGCUUUAAAACGCAGACGGGUGGUCUUAAGAAUCUAUCAUGUGCAGAAGAAUCUGUCCCACUUGAACGAUUGUGCAGAUGUUUUGAGUGUUUCUGUAAAGAGAAACAGAACUAAGGAAUCAACGUGUCGAUGAUACUAACCAUCCAAAAUCCAAAUGUAGUGCUUUUUAAAGCCUCUGGUUGGGAUCAGUUCAUCCAGUUUGAUUAAAGUUGUUAUUUGCAGCUCUGUCAGUUAAAAAUGAAUAUUUAAAAGGAGCACAAAACGAUUGCAAAAACGACAACUGCCAUAUUUAUUGAAAGAAGAGCAAUACGGAUGUAUUGAUUGUAUAAUUGAAUGAGCGACAGAGAGCUGAUUCCGACCUGAGGGUCCACUCCAGUAUUCUGAAUGUAACGUGUUGUUCUUCUGUUUCUUCUUCUUGUACGUUCAUUAAAUAUUUAUUCACGGAUCAAUACUUUAAUAAAAGUUAUAAAAAUCAAAAA